CUCCUUCAUCGAGGGGCUGCUGUUUUUCACUGUACUCCAUGGCGCAGAAGGUGCAGAACCCACCUCUGCUGUCUUGUUUUCGGUUAGCAGAACUGCAGCGCAUAUCUUUGAAUCGCAGUGUCUUUAUAAUGAUGACGGUGAUGCAGAAAAUGCGAACUGUGAAAGAAAGGGGGCAAAUAACCACGCUACCCGGAGAAUAAUAAAUACUGCUCUCAAUGAAAACAGAGAGGUGGGGUCUAACCGAACCAUGGAUGGAAAGGAGAAUAAACUGAAAACAGCCAGGUUAUGGAGAGAUGCUGCGCUGCGCUCCAGAAAGCUGAGAAGCAACCUGCGCCAGCUGACCCUCAGUGCCAAUAACAACCAGAAGAUUACUCUGCCCGAGAACAUCAACGAGAUAGAGGCUCUAAACCUGGGAAACAACUCUUUACAGGAGCUGCCCGAGGGGCUGGGAGCCGCCCUGAUCAACCUGCACAUUCUUAUAUUGAGGAGGAAUAAAUUCGCCAGCAUCCCGCUGCCAGUUUUCGAGCUCGGGCACCUGACGGAGCUGGACCUGAGCCAUAAUUGCUUAGGUAAUUUCUCUGAGGAAAUAGGAUGCUUGAAAAAUCUGAAAAAACUGUGCAUCAGCCACAACAAACUGAAAGCUCUGCCAUCACAGAUAGGAACUUUACAGGCCUUAGAGGAGCUGGAUAUUAGUUUUAACGAACUCUGCCAAUUUCCUCUCUCUUUCGGCCAGCUUAAAAAGCUGCGGACACUGGACGCAGAUCACAACAAACUCGCCCAGUUCCCUCAGGAGAUUCUGUUACUAAGCGAUCUGGAGGAACUGGACUGUUCCGGCAAUAAAAUAGAUUGCUUGCCAACUGGGAUAAUGACGUUGCAGUCCAUAAAAAUAUUGUGGCUGAGCAGCACUAAAAUCUCUGCGUUACCAGAGACCUUCUGUGAUUUGAAAAACUUGGAAAGCCUAAUGCUGGAUAACAAUGCUUUGACAGCUUUACCUAAGCCCUUUGGCAAAUUGCAAAGACUGAAAAUGAUUAACAUUUCUUCAAACCACUUUGAAGCUUUCCCUCUUGUUAUUCUUGAGCUUGUGGGUUUGGAAGAACUAUACCUAAGCAGGAACAAACUGUCAUUUGUCCCAGAGGAGAUAGGCAAGCUCUGUAUGCUUGCUAAUUUGUGGUUGGACAAUAACAAAAUAACGUACCUGCCUGACACUAUAGUGGAGCUUGGGAAAUUAGAGGAGCUGGUGUUACAGGGUAACCAAAUUGCCAUCCUUCCUGAUAACUUUGGGAAACUCUUCAGAGUUAACAUAUGGAAAAUUAAAGACAAUCCUCUGAUACAGCCGCCCUAUGAGGUUUGUAUGAAAGGCAUCCCCUACAUAGCGGCCUAUCAGAAAGAACUAGCACAUUCCCAGCCUGCAGUAAAGCCAAGGUUAAAAUUGGUUCUAAUGGGACUAAAGGAUGCUGGGAAAACUAAGCUGAGGCAAUGCCUCGUUAGUAAGACACAGGAUUUUCCUGCAGUGCCUGGAAAUAAAGGGAUAGACGUGACAAACUGGAUUGCAGAUGUAGAGCGGAGUCUUACCUUUAUUGUUUAUGACUUAUCGGGGGAUAACAGUUACGAUUUGAUAAAACCGUUUUUUCUUUCACCUGGUGCUUUGUACAUACUGGUAGUCAACUUAAAGACAUACACGUCUAAACAUUUUUAUACCUACGUGGGUUAUUUCCUGCACCUGCUCAGUGCCAAAGUCCCACACGGUGUGGUGUGCAUUGUGGGGACCCACAUAGAUUUGUGCAAUGAGAUGGAAAUAGAAGAAAAAUGCCUGGAUAUCCACCGCCAAAUAGCUAUUCAGGAGAAAAGGGACAAUAAGUUCUUGGGAGGCCUGGCACACAAGGUGGACCGAGCUCUGGGUCAGGACUAUGAUGUGAGGACCUCCAGCCCCCAUGCUCUCUUUUAUGGGGUUUCGGAUAAAAACUUGCGGCGCAAGAAAGCUCAGCUGCAGUACCUGCUCAACAACCGGCUUCAGAUCCUAUCCCCUGUCUUCUGUGUGAGCUGUGCCAAGGACCUCAGAAACACCCAGCGGCUGAAAGAGAAGCUCAUGUCAGUGGCCGAGCACCGGGAGAUUUUCCCCAACCUUCACCGCGUUCUUCCAAAGUCCUGGCAGAUGCUGGAGGAGCUGCAUUUCAAGCCCCAGGAGCUUUGGGUAUCCUGGUGGGAUUCAGCCCGGCUGGGGCUGCAGACAGGUCUGACUGAGGACCGUCUUCAAAGUGCACUGUCUUACCUACAUGAGAGUGGCAAGCUCCUGUACUUUGAGGACAGCUUGACUCUCAAAGAAUAUGUCUUCCACAACCUGUCCAAGCUUAUUGAUAUCCUCAAUAUCUUCUUUCAGCGGGAUGCUACCAUGCUGCUGCAGAAGCUGCUGAUUGAUGACGACAUGGACCAGCUGAGAGCUGCACAGCUCCACCACUAUGUUGAGGGCUUCCUCUUACAUGGCCUCCUGCCCUCCCAUGUCAUCAAGCUUCUCCUCAAGGUCCACAUUAAGACACAGCAGGACCUGCAUCUUAUCCUGGAGCUGCUGGAAAAGAUGGGCCUCUGUUAUUGCAUUAAUAAACUAAAAUCAAAGCCCCUCAAUGGUGCCACUGUGUGGUACAAGUUUCCUUGGUAUGUAAAAAAUGAAACGGCCCAUGCUGAAGCCUGGAUCAAUGGGGGCUGCAACAUGUCUGGGCACCUUUUUGCAGUAGAGCAGCUCCAAAUCGAGUACAACUUCCCAUUCCUCUUCCCUCCGGGCCUCUUUGCCAGGUACAGCGUGCAGAUCAAUGCCCAUGUAGUGCAGCGGUCAGAUGGAAAGUUUCAAAUAUUUGCCUACCGGGGGAAAGUGCCUGUGGUGGUUAGUUACCGGCCAUCCCAGAGUGACCUGUGGGGAGACACCUUGUCCAUCGCCAGCCACGCUUCGUUGCCAAAUAUCUGGACUGCUUGGCAAGCCAUAAUUCCUUUAGUGGAAGAACUGAAUGUCCUUCUGCAGGAAUGGCCAGGACUGUAUUACACUGUGCAUGUUCUCUGUUCCAAGUGCCUUAAAAGAGGGUCACCUAACCCACACACCUUUCCAGGAGAGCUGCUGAGUCAACCUCGGCCCGAGGGAGUAACGGAGAUCAUCUGCCCAAAGAACGGGAGCGAGCGAGUCAACGUGGCCCUGGUGUACCCCCCAACCCCAACUGUCGUCAGCCCCUGCUUGAAGUGAGCAGCCCUGCAGGUGAACCCCCCGGCUCCCCCUUCAGCACAGCCACCUCCUCCCUCGCUUCAGCACUUGGCCAACACACACAUCCUCACCAUCCCUGGAAUCAACACAUUAUUGUGAGACAGCAACGUGAGAGUUCACCUGGAAAGAAUAGCAAACACGCCAAUUGGAUGCUUUCGUAUUCUGAAGAACAGUAUGCAACAUAGACAUAACGCUGACAUUUCAGAAACACGUAUUAAAAGACUCUGGUAUUAAAAUAUGAAUGCUGUAUAUCACUAGUUACCCCUUCUUGAAGCCAAACCAGACAGGAAUUUUCAGACUGCUGCAACUGCUGUGAAACAACAUGUAGAUAGAUUGUUUAACCUCAGCCUGCUUUCACUGGACUGAAAACGUUUGAGAAAUGUUCCGUUUCGCCUGUUUCUCAGGGAGCACGACGGAAGCACAAUUGAAAGCCAUAUUUAAUAUCCACACGAUGGUUGACUUAACUCAAUUGCAGUUGAAAACACCUUUUUGUACAUUAUCUGUGUGAAUGAGUGUGAAAUGCUGAAUUUUCUUCAGGCCUAUUUAAAGAAAACAAAGCAAAAGUGGAUCUUCCGAAUGCUAACAGUACCAAUGAAUUCCUGUCAGGGGCAUAAGCAUCAAGCAUUGAUGAUCACUGAAGGGCAAGAAACUGAAUGUCAUAUUGUGUGUUUAUUAUUGUCAUUUUUCACUAAAGAAGCUGUGUAGUUGAGUUAGAAGCUCAACCACUUUUUUUAGUCCACCCUUCAAACAUUACUUUGUUCUUUCUGGGUUAAAUAAACCCAGGAAGAAUAAAGUACUGUUUUGAAGUCAGACUUUACGAAACAACAUCAAGUAGACAAAAAUGUAGGUCUUCCCCUGUUCAGCCGAGCAAGGCCCAGGUUCCACCUCGCACUGUAAAGCUCUGAUUUGGUCUUGCCUUCCAUUUCUACUGGCUCUGUCCAGGCAGGUUUGAACAGAUAUUCAUUCUGACUGUAUACAUGACCUUUCUGUGGCUACAAAUCUACAAUAAGAAACUGACGGGGGAUGAGACUCAAACAUUGACCUUGUUUGUUCACCUGGGAAACUAUAUUUAAAACCGAGGAAGCUAUCUUCACCUGCACAUGCUGGAGCGUCCAGCUCAGAUAUAGGUGAGGAUGACCAGUGGAACCUGCGCAUGAGAAAGACUGAAAGGGUCCUUCUGAUUCUCAAGACAACUAGUCACUUGCAACAUGUUGACAAAAGUUGGGAAAUGCUGCCAAAGUACUGUUCUGCUUUUGCAGUACAGUUGCGGAUUGAGGACAUAGAUCCGUACAUGUGUGCAGUGGUAAUGUUAUUACCAUCUCUGAAAAUGAUGUUCCAUAUGUAUGUAUUGCAGCACUGGAUAUACUGUAUGUUGGAAUAUAAGAUAAACCACAUGAUGUAAGCGACUUGUUUCCUCAUUGAGAUGAAUAAUCUCAAACAGAAAGUUAAACGUUUUGCUGCCUUGAGUUCCACUUUUAUAGGACCUAAGUUAUGCUCAACCCUAUACAAGAAAUAAUCAAUUGAGCAUUUUAGAAUUUUAAUCAGACACCUGAUACAAUACAAAGUUUUGUCCUGAUGUAGGGGAAAUGGAACACUGCAUGUAAUUAUAUAUAUAUAUAUAUAUAUAUAUAUAUAUAUAUAUAUAUAUAUAUAU